UCCAGAUCCCGGCUGGGCAUCCAUCAACCGAGGCGUGCUGGUGUGCGAUGAAUGCUGUAGCGUCCAUCGUAGUUUGGGCCGCCAUAUUUCCAUCGUGAAGCACCUGCGACACAGCCCCUGGUCGGCCACCUUGCUACAGAUGGUUCACACGCUCGCCAGCAAUGGCGCCAACUCCAUCUGGGAACACUCCCUCCUCGAUCCGGCACAAGUGCAGAGCGGACGCCGUAAAGCGAACCCUCAGGACAAACAACUGCAUUCCAGUGUCCGAACAGGAAACCUGGAAACUUGCCUGCGCCUUCUCUCCUUGGGGGCUCAAGCCAACUUCUUCCACCCGGAGAAGGGGACCACACCUUUGCACGUGGCUGCCAAAGCUGGCCAGGUGCUACAGGCUGAGUUGCUGGUGGUGUAUGGAGCUGAUCCGGGCGCUCCCGACAUAAACGGCCGGACACCCAUCGACUAUGCCAGACAGGCGUCCCAACACGAACUGGCGGAGCGGCUGGUGGAGUGCCAGUAUGAGCUGACCGACCGACUGGCCUUCUACCUUUGCGGGCGCAAGCCAGAUCACAAGAACGGGCAUUACAUCAUCCCCCAGAUGGCAGACAGCUUAGAUCUUUCGGAGCUGGCCAAGGCGGCGAAGAAGAAGUUGCAGGCGCUAAGCAACCAUCUUUUCGAAGAGCUCGCGAUGGAUGUCUACGACGAAGUGGAUCGCCGCGAAAACGACGCCGUCUGGCUGACCACGCAGAACCACAGCACUCUGGUGACGGAGCGCAGCGCGGUGCCCUUCCUGCCGGUGAAUCCCGAAUAUUCAGCCACACGGAAUCAGGGACGGCAGAAGCUGGCCCGUUUCAACGCCCGGGAGUUUGCCACCCUCAUCAUCGACAUCCUGAGCGAAGCCAAGCGGCGCCAGCAGGGCAAAGGUCUGACCAGCCCCACUGAGGCCUUCGACUCCUCCGUCCACGGGACCAGCGACCUGGACGACCAACACGACUACGACAGCGUGGCCUCCGACGAGGACACCGACCAGGAGCCCCUGCGAAGUGCCAACGCUGCGCGCAACAACCGUGCUCGGAGCAAACCAAAGCUGACCCCCUUCUCUCCCCCCCCCCCCCCCGGCCGAGCCAUGGACUCCUCCGACCUCUCGGACGGGGCCAUCACCCUGCAGGAGUACCUGGAAGUGAAGAAGGCUCUGGCCGUCUCCGAAGCCAAAGUCCAGCAACUCGUGAACGUGAACAACAGCCUGAGCGACGAGUUGCGGCGGCUGCAGAGAGAGAUUCACAAGCUCCAGUCCGAGAACUUGCAGAUCCGUCAGCAGGCGGGGCCCAUCCACCCAGCGGCCCCCACCCCUACGGAGCGCCCCGAGCACAGCCACAUGCCCUCCGCUGCAACGGGAGCCCACCGGCGCGACCGCCAUGCCUUCUCCAUGUACGAGCCAGGCGCCAGCACGCUCAAGCCCUUCAGCCAGGCGCCCAUGGACGACCUGGUUAGCCGCCUGCAACCCUUCCACCCUGGGAUCCGGAAGGGGGGCUCCAUUUCAGCCAUGCCGUUCCCUCCGUCGUCUUCUCCGCUGGUGGUGGGCCCUCCAGAGGGCAGCGGGCGCCACUUGAGUGGGAAACUCGACCGGCACGGCAGCGGCACGGACAGCGACUACGACAACACGCAGGGGGGCGACCUGCCCCUUAGGUGAGCCAGCUCUCACCUGU